AUGGGGUGCGGAGGUUCUGUUGUUGACAGAAAAAAGAACAAGAAGAAGAAUUUAAAUCCACAGACUAAAGCUACAUGCCUAAUAUUUGGCAUGCCAGAUAGAGGUCAGCAAGCAUUUGCAGAUUUAAUGAACAAAACCUUCAUGACAACAGCAUUCAGCCAAAUAACGUAUUCAUUUGUGGUAGUCGAUUCAUCAAGAAUUUCCCGUAAAGGAUGGCCAAAACAAUAUACGCAGAAUGACAAUGUUUUCAUUUCAUUUUUCUUCCCUGAUUUUUCAUCUCCUGGAGCCUCCCUCCUUAGCCUCAAAUCAUUGAAUUGGUUAAACUCACAAUUGAAAGAUCAGCCUAAACCAAUAGUUAUUGCUAAGGCAAAGAAUGCAAAGGAAAAGCCAAAUUUAAACACCUUUCAAAACCAGUUAUCAAAAGAUGUAACUGUUUAUAUCCCAAUUGAUAAUGGAGUUGAAGAUACUAAAAACUACUAUGAAUACGUUAAGAACGCGUCAGAGAACAUCAAAAUACCAGAAGCCAAAUAA